GGGUAACUAGAGCUAUUUUUAGAUCAUCAGGAAUAGUUCCAGAAAGAAAAGUCAAGUUAAAUAUGUGUGAAAGUGGUUCAGAAAUUUCUGUAGCAAUCGCUUUGAUUACCUGUGAGCUUAUACCGUCAUAGCCAGGGCUUUUUUUGGCAUUCAAAUUGUUUAUCUCAUUUUCUAAUUCAUAUUUAGUUAUUGGAUUAAUAAAGAAGCUAUUUUUACAGUUAUUAGUGAGAUAUUUAUCAAAGGUUGUUUUGGAAUUCGGGAGUUUUUUUGCUAGUCCUGGGCCAAUAUUUACAAAAUAGUCAUUGAAUCUAUUUGCUAUUGUGUUUGGAUCAGUAAUCUUUUCUCCAGGGCUAUUUCCAUUAAAUUCUUUUGGUAACAUUCUAUUUGUCUUAUUUCGGUUCAUAAUUUCAUUUAAUGUUUUCCAUAAUACCUUUGUAUCAUGUUUAUAAUUUAUUAACUGUUCUUCAUAAUAUUUCUUUUUUGCCACUUUUAUCACAUGAUUUAAUUUAUUUUUAUAUUUUUUGUAUAUUUUUUCGUUUUUUCCUGUAGGAUAUUGGAGGUAUUUUUUAUAUAAUUUGUUCUUUUGCUUAACUGAUUUUGCAAUACAUCUUGUCAUCCAUGGACUUCGAGUUUUGUCAAUCUUUCUUUUCGUAACUUUCUUUGUCAAUGGAAAGUUUUUUCCAUAAGCUAUUGAAAAUAAGUUGAAAAAUUUGUUGUAGGACUCUGUCGUGUUGUUUUCAGAAAGUACAUUUUCCCAUGAUAUAUUCUUAAUUGUAUUAGUAAAUGAUUCAACAUUGGCAUCAUUGAUAAUUCUUUUACAAGAAAAUUCAGUUUUUGAAGUUUUUUUAUGGUAAUUUUUUGAAUUUCGUACAUGAACUAUUGGUAAAUGAUCUGAGAUAUCGCAAAAAAUUAUCCCAUUUUUGCUUGAUUCUAUAAUUUCCGUGUCAUUGGUGAAAAUAUUGUCAAUUAGUGUAGCCGUAUGCUGAGUGAUUCUUGUUGGUCUUAGUACAAGUGGGAUAUAUGAUGAUGUGAAUAGUUGUUCUAGAAAUCUGAUACUGUAAUCACAAGAUUCUGAUUUUAGUAGAUCAAUAUUGAAAUCUCCCAUAAGAUAGCAUAAUUUGUUUUCUUUGUCUAUCUUUCCUAGUAUUUGAUUCAUUUUAGUUUCAAAUGAGUCAAAUUUGUUAUUUGGUGGUCUAUAUAUUACACCUAUUAUUAUAUUUUUACCUACAGCUGUCAUAAUUUCAAUGAAAACGGAUUCAAUUACAUUUUCAGUAAUUGUGUUUAAAUCGAAGCGUAUUUUGUAUUUCAAUUCAUUUGCGACAUAAAUGCCAACUCCUCCACCACUUUUAGUUGACCUGUUUACAUUUACAAAAUCAUAAUUUUCUAGUUUAAAUAGAUCUUCGUUAGUUUCUUUUAGCCAAGUUUCAGUUAAACCAAUUAUCUGAAACGGUUUAUUCAAUGAAUAUAUUAAUUGUUUAAAAGAGUCAAAUUUAUUAGUUAUGCUUCUAAUGUUUAAGUGCAUCAUCGAAAAGUUAUUGAGAUUUUCAUUAUUUAUUUGUUUUUUAAAAUCAUUUGGUAGAUAAUAUUCACAGUUUAUUUUUGACGAUUUAUCGAGAUUUGCGUUGUUUUCAGAUAGCGCAAUAUUAUUACUCGUGUCGAAAGGGUUGAAUUUCAAAUGCAUUAGUCUAUCCAUUUCUUCUUCACUGAUAUUGAUUCCGUUUGAGACAGUAAAUUCGUAAUCUAAAUCAUCGAGUGAUUGAAAAGGUAACGAAUUGGCUAAGCAAUGUUGACACAAAUCAAUUGUAGUGUUAUCUAUGCUGGAGUUGAAUGACUUUGUGCAUGCAGGCACAGCAUGAAACCAUUUGCUACAUGUUAAACAUUCAAUAGACUUUUGUGUUUUUUGGAUAGUUUUGAAGCAAGAAGAACAUUUCUUCUUGUGCUGAUUGUUAAGUGUGGUCAUUGGGAAGGUUUAUGGUACAAUAAUUGAUAAUUUGAAGUAAGAAAUAGACUAUAAAAUGGUGUUUAGUUAGUAAAAUAUAGACUAUGAUAUUAAGACUAUCAGGUUUCAAACUUUUAAGACCUAUUGUAAAAGACUUGCCCUUCAAUUAUUAAUUUAUCUCUUACUAUUUUGGCCCUUUUACCUUCGGCUUUAGCUUUUUUCAGUUCGGGAUAUAAUGUCUUUCUUACGCUUUCAAUUUCUUCAGGGAACUGUUCAGAUACCCCGAUAUUCGUUCCUUUAAAUUUCUUCGCGUUUAUCCGCACAUGUUCUCGGUCUUGAUAAUAAUUGAACUUGACUACGAUUGGACGUGGUUUGCGAUUUCCCUCUCUUUUUCUUCCAAUUCGGUGGGACCGGUCAAUCUUGACUUUAUUCCGUGCGUCGCGUAUUUCCAUUUUCGUUUCGAGUAGUUCAUGAAUGAUUUCGGUGGUAUUUUCUUGGUCGCGUUCAGGUAUAUUAAAGAACAGUAGAUUGUCGCGCAUGGAUCUCGCUUGUAGGUCUACUAUUUUGUUACGCAAUGUGGCGUUGUCUUGCUCCAGUUUUCCUAUUCUUUCUCUUGUUUGUUCUUGAUUUACUUUGUUUGUUUCAUUUUGCUGUUUUAAAUCUGCUAUUUCAGCAUGCGCGUAUUCCAAGGAAUGUUUUAUCUCUUUCAUGUCUGCUUCUAUUCCGUCAAGCUUCUCAAGUUUCGUCAUCAUAGUCGAGAACAUUUGUUGAAUUUGGCGCAUAUCUACUUCUUUUUCUCCUUCUUUUUCUUCCAUUCUUCUCUCUGGUGUGUUGGGUUUAGGAAUUUUAGUUUGGACUGCUUUUAAAGGCGUACAUGGGUUGGUGAUAUUUAAAUUUUGCGCAGCGCGCUUGGUGGCUUGCUUCCUGUCCGCCAUGUUUACUUGAUUUCUAUGUUUUCAUACUGCGCAUGCUUAACCACAUUAAAUCGUAUGCUAUGAUGUAAUGCGCAUGUUACACCUUAUUUCGUCCCACAACCGCAACCCCUCUCAUUGAAUUGAUAGCUUGAAUUUUUAAUAAUGAAAACCUCCGAAAUACAAAAGAAUAUGGUCUGAUGACUGAUGACUCAGUAUAUAAACAAGUUAAAAGCCGCGGGUAUCGGUUUUUAUUAAACUGUAAAUACUUCGAGCCUUCGGAUACCGAUACCCGCGGCUUUUAACCUACAUCUAAAUAACAGCGCGUUUUAAAACAUGCGCUAUAAAUAUAUAUAACAUAAAAGAAAACAGAUAUCAACUCUACCAAGAAAAAUUUUGAUAGACGUUGUCACGUUGACCGAACCACAUAUUUUAAUUGGAUUAAGCAAAUAUCACAAGAUUCAUAUAAUAUUUGCAGCAUGCAGUACCUUGCAGCAAUGCUUGAGAAAAUGCGCUAAAUGUUAUAGCCUAUUGAGAUUUGCAACUUUCAAACAGGGUAUUCAGAGAGUCAGAUCUUCUCCGUGGACAAUCUGGAGUAUGUAAUUUUACAACUUUCAACUACGUCACAAAAAGUCCUAAAUGGUGAGACAUCCGACAUACAAAAAUUCAGAUUGUUGACCAUACAUUAAACAUAACUUGUUCAACAGGACUGGCGAGAGCAAAAGAGACAGCUAACCCGCAAGAAUAGUUGUGUUAUCUCGCUACGCUUGCCAGCAAUUAACUUAAAAAGUAAAUAAACAUUAUCAUUUAUGCUAUCGGAUUCCUAUUAUGCACACGAUAAACAUAUUGUUUGGAAAUUCGGUACCGUAGGCGAAGAAUGUCCAACAUUGUACGUCAAUGUGCUAAAUUGGUGGUUUAUUUUAGUUUGAAGAUUAUAGGUAGGCCAAGUUGCUCUGUAAGUUAACAGAUCGAGUUGUGUAUAACCAGGGCGUGUAAGGUAUGGUAUAUAUAUUUACAAAAUAGUGGUUUAAUAUUACAAAAACGGUUACAUAGUUUGAACGAAUAGAAAGAAAGGAAAACAACUGAUCAGUAACUAGUUAAUAAGUUUAGUAUAGUCAAGGUUAAUAUUACAUAACUAAAAUAACUCGAGAGGGGUAGAUCUAAUAUUAGCAUUAAGGACAGGGUUAAGAAAUUAACAAAUUAAUUAAUUCCUCAACUUAACCCUGUCCUUAAUGCUAAUAUUAGAUCUACCCUUCUCGAGUUAUUUUAGUUAUGUAAUAUUAACCUUAACUAUAUUAACCAUGCAUGCACUUAACAUUAAUCUUUACUUAUUAACUAGUUACUGAUAAGUUGUUUUCCUUUCUUUCUAUUCAUUUUUUCUUUCAAACUAUGUAACCGUUUUUGUAAUAUUAAACCACUAUUGUGUAAAUAUAUAUACCAUACCCUGUAAAUUCAUUUAGAUUGAUCUGAAGAUGUUGUGUUUUAAACAUCGAAACGUUAGCUAAUACAUUUUUACUUUUAUUAUGUUUGGCUUUAAAGUUAUUUGCUGAGAACUGCUCUUUAUCUUUAAACCGCCUGGUGUUUUAUCCGCCUGGUGUGUCAAUUGCCACAUUUUUAUGUUAAUCUGAAAACUAUAGAUUUAGUGAAUUUUAUGUCACAAAGGAAACGCUUCCCCCACCACAGUUUCUCCUCAGUUUUAGAAAAAUUACAAAAUUGGUCGGAAAGGAGAUGGGGGAAGGGGGGGCUGGCGACCCCCCUUUUUUCUCGUCCCCACGCCCAUGAGAGCAACUUAUCUCUCUAUUCGUCUGAGCUGAACACAACUUCGAAUCUUUUUUCUUUAUACUUCAUAAUCCGUCUUCUUUAAUAAUUUCACAAUAUUCCAAUGUUCUUUAGGUUACUGACGAGGCUUAACUAUCUAGCCUUUUAAUUAUAUACGUCAGCCUUUGUUGCAUGGCCUAUGAAGUAUUUUAGCCUAAAUAGCUCUUCUCACUUCACUCUCUCCUCACUCUCAAGUUGUGCUCAGCUUUUUCAAUAAAGGAUUUAGAGGAAAAAAUCUAUAACUAUAACUAAUUUCCUCUACGCAAUAUGUUUGUUAAAGCAAGUUGUAGCAGUGUUUAUCAACCACAAGACCAUGUCUUGUUUGCGUGGUUUGUGGUACUAGGUGUUUCCCGUGGUUCUUUGAUUUUUAUAAGUAUUUUCUUACUCAUGCGAGGAAGGUUACCCGAGAUCUUCCUCUUAUAAUUAUAACAGUGAUAUAUAGUAUUGAAUAUAUUAAAUAACAUGGUAUAACAAUGCCAUGUUAUAAGAACGUAAUAGCUUUUAUGCUCUUCUUAUACAUUUAUUUAGCAACAACAAGAUGGCAACGUCGUACAUGUUAGACCAUAGGCGCUUUUGGGCAAAAGCGAAGCCACUGAAGACGCGAAUUCUAGAAGGAAGUGAAGUUAUUCAGCAGAGCGACUAUCUAAAGGACUUUCUGCUUCUAAUUCAGUCAGAUGGGUUAGAGGCGGCUUAUUUAGAAUAUGGUGAUGAUGAACCUCGCCCUCCUCCUCCAGAAAGUGCCUCUCUUAAAUCACCUAAAGAUGUCACGUAUGAUUAUGACGUCAUUGUCGUUGGGGCAGGUAUGGCAGGUCUCUCUGCCGCGUAUGAAUUGAAGAAAGCAGGGCUUUCAGUGAUUAUUCUGGAGCAAACUGACCGUUAUGGUGGAAGGCUGUUCACUUACGGCCCGGAAUCAGGUCUUGCACCUGGUUUAUUUGGCGAAGGUAAAGUGUACGUGGUUAAUUAAAGUCAGGGGCAGCUCAAAUGAGACCGGUUGUCCGAAAACUAAAAUAUUAUAGUGGUAUUCUUUUUAUCAAGAAUACACUUUUCACUAGACAAGUUUUAAAUUAAUCAGUACAAUACAGCGUGUGAUCGACACCGUAUAGCACAAUAAAAACAUGACUUUUAUCAGAAGAAAAACUAACAUACAAUCUGAGAUGUAUAUGAUGCAAAACAUAAUGAUUUCAAAAGAAUAUUACGGCAAUGUUUAUGCCAGCAGUAGGAAUAGUUUUUUGUGGGUAACCGCGCAUGCGCAGCUAACCACUAUGUGCGAGACCGUAAGCACGAUCCUCUGUUGCUCUGUGGGUGUGGUUCCUCUUAUCAUUGAAAUACGAACCGUCCAUAGACAAAAGCUAAGUGCAUAACUCACAAGAUUUAUCAUACUGUAUAGAGUUGUGUAUAAAUUCUUAGUGUUUAGUAAAGUAUUUAUUUUAAUAUGUUUUAUCAGGUCGAAGUCAUUUCCAACGCAUAUAGAAUCAAAUAUGUUGUUGUUUAUAUAAUCACAGCUUGUACAAUGGUCAUUGGGGUUAAUAUUAACGCAGGGGGUCUGUUUUAUAUUUAUCAGUUAUAGACCUGAAACGAGGGGUAUUAGUGAAAGGUCUAUAAAUGGUAUAUUAUACCGAACCUUUCAAAAAUAAGUAGAAAACAAAUGCCAUUCAAUUAACUUUUAAUUUCAAAACACAACUUUUGAUAACUUUGCAUUUAAAAAAGUCGAAUUUCCCGCUCAAGCGUGGUAUUCGAAGUCGAAUACCAUGGCCCCGGGUAAAACACCCAGGGUUGAAAUUGCCUAGGUCAUAGUAUUCGCUGAAAAAUACCAUGGUCAUGUGGUACAAAUUUAGUUCUCUGAUUGGACAAGCUCAUUGUGAGGUAUAAUAUCGUGUAAUAUCAUAUUUAAACACGACAUAUCAGUUUGAUCAAACAUUGUAUACGUAUUAGAAAAAUAGUAUUUAAUGAUAUGUUGGCUAGUGCAGUUUUUCCUGAAACACUUCAUAUGGCCAUACUGCUCCUUCUGUGAAAUACAUCCAGCUGAAUUGGUCACUGUGUUUUCAAAAUUUCAACUGUAUCUAUUGUACAAUUCUUCAAUGUAUAUUUAUAGUGAACAUAAUUUUUAAACCUAAAGUAUUGGAGAAGUGCUUGCCUACAAUUAUUUAUGCACUCCAAUAUUUUGUCCAGCCAGUUUACCCACCAUCCUAAAUCAUUUAUGUGAGAUACUAUACAGUAUAUAAAUCACAAAGUUCCAGCAUAAUCACUUUCAAAUGGCUGUUGAAAUUGACCACUCCAUCAUUAUUUUGCAAUUGAAGCCAUAUAAGCUUUCAAUCAAGUGAAAGUCAUAACAGUGUUACAACAGUCUUUAUAAUAAAUAUUAUGACCAUGUAAAUCGAGCGAAAAAUAAUUUUAAUUUCAAAAUAUUUUCCAUCCUUUUGUAAAUGCUUAUUUCUAACAGAGUUCUAUGAGAAAAAAAGCGUCCUAUAAAGCAAAGCUAACCUAAAGCUUUCGUUUCGGCCACAAAUGGCUGGAACCGACGAAGUGACCAUUUCAGACAACAUUUAGCGAUGGAUAUUUUUAACGUUAGUUCACCUCAAGUUGUCUAAUUUUCAUCCAAAACCUUCAAAAUAACUAGGUAUUUUCAAAAACCCCUGAUCGAACGGAAUUCUAAGCAGUGGGACGUCAUAAAAUGCGAAGACUAUCCAUUCCCUGUAGAAUGUCCAUGUCUUUUUCCCGGUUGAGUCGCCAUCUUGGAUAAUCUUAUAACAGGCGCGCGCACCUGUUAUAAGAUUACAUUACAGUCGGCAAUCUAGGUCUCUAUAUAUAUAUAUGGAUAAAAUCGUAUCAUGUACGGAUGGCAUAUCAACAACAUUAGAGCUUUAGCAUACGUUUUGAACACUUGUCUUCCGGAUUGUCUAUGGUUUUGAAGUAAUAUUUCGAGUUUGAAAGCAAGUUUGCUAGAUCAUUCAUUUCAUAAAUCCGAUUAUCUAUUAUAGUCUGCUAGUAAACAUUGCGUCAGAUUUACUGGUCAACCAGCCAAUCAGAACACGCGUUUGCAUGGGUAUGACAAACGUAUAUUAAAAUGUCAUAGUUAAUUAAAUUAAUACGUUUUUAUCUUUUAGCUGGAGCUAUGAGAUUGCCUGGCAAUCUUGCUGGUACAACCGAAAGACCGCACUUUUUAACAGAUGCUUAUAUUAAGGAGUUUAGCCUUGCUAUCAAAGCGUUUCCAAACUACGAUGCCAAUGGGUUAACCCAUAUUUAUGGUUUUCCAACAGAAAAAUCCAACGGUAUGUGCUUUACUGCUAAUUUUUUUUCUUUUUUACAGUCUCACAAAAAGUUACACUGCUCGGUUUAAAAAUGUGUUAUAAAGACAGAAUAGCCACAUAUCACACUCAAUUAAGUUUUAUUAAAGUAUAAUUCAGCGCGCAAUGAUGCUUUGAUGCGCAAUAUUUUUGUGCAGUAUUGACUGACCUAUUGAUAUUUUAACUUGAACAAACAUUUGUGAAAAUGUAAUUAAAAUAAUGUAUGUGCAGCACAAUUCUCUUAAACCGAAAAUUCUUACCAUCACCUAUAUGGAACACGAAUACAUUACGGAAACAAUGAUAUGAAUAAUGUUUUGUAAUUGCUAAAUCCCCAGAAGCUUUGUAUGUGCUAAAAUAUUUGCCUCAAAAGACUAACAAAAUCUACCAAGGAAUAAUUUCAAAUUCAUGUUGAUUAAAUAAAUUCAAAUCAAUUUAGUAGGCUACGCCUUUCAAUCUGGAACUUCACGUCAUCACGACGUUUCAUAUUAGGAGAAUGUUAUCUUCAAUAAUCCAAAUGAUGCAGGUUCAAAUAGGUUGUAUUGGAAACGUUUUAGUAUUCAACGAGUUCAUUCAUUCAAAUUUAUUUUGUGCGUUGUUUAACGUUCGGUAUAAAAUAUAAUUUAUAGGCCGUCCGGUCGGAGGAUUCGGCGAAAUAUUAGGGCAACUGGGUAAUAUUCCGCCGUAUUUCCCCCACUCCGGAUCUAUAAAUGAUAAAUAUUGGAUGGAAGAACGUCAGUAUCUUUAUUCACUUGUUUUAACGAUAUUUUUUAUCACAAUCCUUGAGCCAUUUGUACGCACAAGCAUACGGCAUGCAUAACAGUAAAAAGUGAAACAUAUCUAAGUCCAAAUCUUUCUGAAUAAUUUAAUAGAUGAACACCACAAAAACAUGACUGUCCAUGCAUGUGCAGAAACUAGAAAGUGGCGGAAACUAUAAAGUGGCGGCAAAUUUAAGUUCGAACAUUCAAAUCAAACAGAAGCAUGAAGCAGGAAAAGAAAAUGUAGCUGACGGGUGGAUUAGACCUUAAUAGUUUUGUCAACAACAAUAUGUCCCCUGUAUUAGUGAGCUCAACGAUAUGUAUCAAUGCAUGCAUGAUAGACUUUUCAGUCCGAUAUCGUUUUUCCCCGCUGUAAAUUGCGGACCGGAAUUAUACCCUAUUAGAGAGGUUAAGAUACCCCGGUUUCGGUGUACGUGUAUGGGUAGCGUGAUUUUGGUUAGCAAUAUUUUCGUCGAUGUCUGUACCUUUACUCGUAAUUAAGGUGCACAUUUUUCGCAUUAUAUCAUUGUCUAUUGCAAGAAAACAGAAAAAGUAUGAUCGAAUUACAGACAUCAGUAAAACAAGAUGACACUACUCAUACCCGUACACCGAAACCGGUGUAUCUUAACCUCUCUAUUAACUUCGCCAUGCGCGAUCCGAGCGUGGCUCGGGAAAAAGAGAAUGUCACGACAAAACAUAUAAUCAAUAAAGGUUAAAAUGGCGCUUGGGUCAAAAUUUUUAUUUUCUUAAACGAAAAUGCUUUUAAAACUGUAUAUAUAUAGUAACUUGUUUUGAAGAUUUUUGUUUCCAUGCAUGUUUAGUUCUUGAGAUAUUUCAUUUUGUUUGUAACCAUGUGACGUCAUUUACUCAAUCGCAGAUAUAAUGAGAUAUCAAUAAUUGUUGUGUAUCUUUGCAAUUUUUGAAUUUUGCUGGAUUUUUUAAAAAACAGUAUGCUGAAAUAUGUAGGUUAAAUUAACAAACGUGCCACAUCUUUGGAAAGAUUUUGAUUAAAUAUUUUAAAGAUACACAACAAUUACUUAUAUCUCAUUAUACAGUAUAUGCAAUUGAGUAAAUGACGUCACAUGGUUACAAACAAAAUGAAAUAUCUCAAGAACUAAGCAUAGGAACAAAAAGCUUCAAAACAAGUUGCUAUUAAGAGCAUUUUCGUUCAAUUUAAGAAAAUAGAAAUUUUGACUCGGGUGCCACUUUAAUAAUAUCCGUGAUGAAUGAAAUUUACUUUUAAUUACGAAACAUUCAACUAUUUGAUGACUAUGCCCAUUUUAAUAUAUUUUUAUUUAAUAUAUCAUGUUUAGAAUGGGAGGAACAUUAUUUUAAUAGAGUGUGGCCCAAUUGGAAGGAUGGAAUGCAUAACGACAUGAAGGAAAAGAUCAAGGAUAUUGGUAAGUACAAACUUAAAACAUGAGUAUAGCCAGUAUUCUUCAGUAAUAAUAAUAACGAAAUCUGAUUGGCAGACGAGCGGUCGAUCUCGGUGAUUCUCAUUUUAGUCCGCUAAUUUUUCAUUAUAGCCCGAAAAAUACGCCGCAAUCAUAGUAAUAUUAGAUCUAGAAUGCGUGCUUGGUCGCGUGACCGGUGUCCAAAUUGAAAACAAAAAUGCCCUUAUAAAUCCGCCAUGUUGAAUUUGAGCAUAGGAGUGCAAACUACAAAGUAUAAUCAUCGUCAAAAGGUUUUGUCUUGCUGUCUAAUUUGUAGUUUGGGGAUAUAUUUUGAAACAUUAAGUUCUUUAAAGGCUCGAAGCAAACGACUGUGCAGUUACUGACAAAAAAAGGUGAAAAUCGUGCAGCCGUGUAAAAACAAAGUAGUUUCGCGUAUUAAAAUAUAAUUUACUCAUAAAAAUGUUUGCCUGCUCUGAACGUAACUGCUUUGCUAAUAUUUUAUUAAAUUACGAAAUCAUAGUUGAUUCUUUGUCGGGUUUCGUUUUUCUUCAAUCUAAACGAAGUGUUUUCAUGUUUUUGAAACAAAAAUAUUUAGUUGUCGAUAAACUGUAAAUCGCCUGAAUAAUCGUUGAAAACUGUGGUUUCAAAAGCGUUAUCUCAAGCUCAAGCAACGUAAAAAAAAUAUAAUCAAGCAAUGUAUAGAAAAAAAUAAAAAGUAGUUGUGUAAGUUUAAAAAGAUUAUUGAACUCCAUUUAUAUUAUAAAACGGUUGAAAUAUAUUUUUUAAAACAAUACCUAUUGAGUUUUAGUUUGUCUUGAUUUUUCGUGUUUUGUUUUGGCUUACACGUUGAAAAUGUAUUUUCAAACGACGAUUUCUGUAUAUAUUCUGUUCACAACUAUUGCUUUUCGUAAAAAAACCCACGGGAAUGGGGUUUUCUCCUUUAAAAGCUUUUUUCCACUUCAAAUCUCGAUAUAAUUGUUUUUGCAAACUUUGUUGAAAAAAACCCAAUUCGCACUCCUACAACCGCGCGAAUUUCCUUGCCGCAGGAGUCUGGGGACUAGCAAAAAUGCCCUUAUAAAUCCGCCAUUUUCUGGAGACAAAAUUUUUACUGAUAAGAGAUAGGAGCACGCAUUCUAUGUCUAUUAUUUCUAUGGCCACAACUAUCAUAGCUUUUGAUAGUUACGAUUUCAUCAUAACUAUCUAUAAUCGAAUGAAAUGUUUUCAUCCUUGGGCCCAGAUUUUAUCAAUGCAAUAAAAUCCCACUUAUUGGAUUCUGGCCAAGGGUCUUUAAAAGUUUUUUUUCCACUUCAAGUCUCGAUAUAAUUGUUUUUGCAAACUUUGUUGAAAAAAAAACCAAUUCGCACCCCUGCAACCGCGCGAAUUUCCUUGCCGCAGGAGUCUGGGUCUAGCAAAAAUGCCCUUAUAAAUCCGCCAUUUUCUGGAGACAAAAUUUUUACUGAGAAGAGAUAGGAGCACGCAUUCUAUGUCUAUUAUUUCUAUGGCCACAACUAUCAUAACUUUCGAUAGUUACGAUUUCAUCAUAACUAUCUAUAAUCGAAUGAAAUGUUUUCAUCCUUGAGCCCAGAUUUUUAUCAGUGCAAUAAAAUCCCACUUAUUCGAUUCUGGCCAAGGGUCUACGCUCUAAACGAGAUUGCAUGUAUUCUACAACAAAUUGUCCUGGCUUUUGUCUGGUAAAGUUCUGCUAUAUAUUAUAUUAUAUUAUGAUAUAAGGUGGUAUUUAGCCAUUUUCUAAAAUGACAAGGAACAAUUCAACCUGGUUUUUCGUGCCCACACUAGUUGACUUUUUCCGUUUCUUGUAUAGAUUUGCUGCUGCGCCAGCGUGUGUUUCAGCUUCUCAUCCAUGACUAUACUGUUAACCCUGUCUACGAGAGGGAUUACGUGUUUAUAAUGUAAAGACUGUGGAUUCGAAUGAGAAUAUGGAAUAAGUAAAUAUAUGCCGAUCUGCUACACUACGCAGAUAAUACCUACGUGCAUUACCAUCAUUGUUCUUUAAAUAUGCCAUCGUAUCCAGUGUCAUCGCCAUCAAGUUCGAAUAAUAGGCCAUCAUCAUCGUCAUUAUCUGACAAAUCGUCUCGUCUGUAGUCUGGUCGGAAGAAUUUGUGCAAUCGCAACAAGAACAAAGAACAGCACACUUCAAUUCUGCUUCUUGACAAGAACAACGUCUUGCUGAAUAUCCAGACUUACAACCACAGUUAACGUUUCCACAAAAUUUCGUCAGGAGCUGCCGGCAUGGUCAUGACCGAUAUUGACGUGCCCUUCGUUUGCUUCCCAAACAAACUUGCUGCUUGAAGGGGGUGACAUUAUACUGGCUGGAGUGCACUUUUCCAUAUUAUGCGGCAUUGAUAUAAUGCACGAUUUUUAUGAAGUAAAAGGACGUCUUUCGUGCAUGGCAUAGUGUUCAAUCAGCGAGUUUGUUUGGGAAGCAAGCGAAGGCAAGUCAAUAUCAGAUGAAUCACCAAUGCCGGCAGCUCCUGGUGGAAUUUUGGAAACGUUAACUGUGAUUGUAAGUCUGGAUUUUCAGCUAGACGUUGUGCCUGUCAAAAAGCAGAAUUGAAGUGUACUGGUCUUUGUUCCUGUUAUGAUUGCACAAAUUCUCCGGACCAAAAUACAGACGAGAACGAUUUGUCAAAAGAUGACGAUGAUGAUGGUCUAUUAUUCGAACUUGAUGGCGAUGACACUGGAUUCGAUGGCAUAUUUGAAGAACAAUGAUGGUAAUGCACGUAGGUUUAUCUGCGCAGUGCAGCAGAUCAGUAUUUAUUUACUUAUUCAAUAUUCUCAUUCGGAUCCACAGUAUUUAUAUUAUAAACACGUAUAUCCCUCUCGUAGACAGGGUUAACAAUAUGGUCAUGGACGAGAAGCUGAAACGCACUCUGGCGCAGCAGCAAAUCUAUACGAAAAACGGAAAAAGUCAACUAGUGUGGGCACGAACAGAACUUUACCAGACAAAAACCAAGGACAUUUUGUUGUAGAAUACAUGCAAUCUCGUUUAGAGCGUAGACCUUGGCCAGCGUAGACCGUAGACCUUGGCCAGGAUCCAAUAAGUGGGAUUUCAUUGCACUGAUAAAAAUCUACGCUCAAGGAUGAAAACAUUCCAUUCGAUUAUAGAUAGUUAUGAUGAAAUCAUAGAUUUUAUAUUUCUUCCCAAUUUAUGAUUUUUAUGAUGAAGUUCGAGUUGGUUCGCUAUAACUACACCUACUUCAAAAAUAUGUAGUCAGCUACAACUGACUGCUAAUUUCGAACAAAAGUAGUUCGCUCCUGACUUAAGCUACUGCUUAAAAAAUGUACAGCUUUCCGUGUCUGUUACCUAUAGCAACUGCAACUCUAUAAGAGCUCAUUUCUGGGCAAUAGUUUUAUUUACAUGCGCGACUCGUGUUUUAGUCCUGCCAUUUUCAAAUGUUGAUUCAUCAAGAAAGACUGUCGGAUAAUCCGUCUCAUAUAAUAUAAAGGUGAAUUAUCUAAACUAGCGAGAAGAGCGAAAAUUCACGAUUUAGAUCCGUAUUUUUUGAGCCAAUUAUUUAUUGUUCAAAAACAAAAAGUAUCUUACUGAUAUAAAAACAACAUCAAAAGGGUUCGAUGCAAAUGCCGUUGCUAUGGCAACAAGGACGUUUCAAGAUGGCGGAAAUUUUAGCUUUAAAGUAAUUUAACUCUUAUCUCGAAAACGACAUUGGUGAUCAUCCCAAUUUUAUUUCAUAAAAUGAUUUAUUUUAGUAAAAUCAAUUAUUUUGACAAUUUUAAUAAAAUCGUGUCGAGUAGAGUAAAAGAAAACAAUUUAAGGCAUAACAUUUGGGGUCACCGAUGUCGUUUUCGAGUUGAGUUACUUUAAAGCUAAAAUUCCAGCAUCUUGAAACGUCUUUGUUGCCAUAGCAACGGCAGUUGUGCAACGUUUGAAAAAAUUCAAACCCUUUGGAUGUUAUUUUACAUCAAUAAGAAACUUUUUUUCAACAAGUAACAAUUUUCCAAAAAUAUGGAUAAGCUAUAGGCCUAUAUGGAUCUAAAUCGUGAAUUUUUCAUUUUAUUUAAAACUGUAUUGAACCAUUUUAAAAGGAAAUUGAAGAAGCUAAGUUCAAGAACAAAAGUAUGUGACGUAUAUACACGUAACCAUCUGCCAGUGAAUCCCGUAUUUUCAAGACUAUGCGGUUUCAGUAAGCUGCUGAUCGUGUUGCAAUUUUUGCCUUAGAUGGAAGAUAUUGAUUCAUGUUUGCGGGUGAGGGCCUGCGGUUAAGAACAUUAUUAUGGAUAGGAUUAGCAAUAACUAAUAGCGAUCGUCUGCGAGAAAUAUUUUAUAACUAGAACAGACCCUCUAUGACAUAAUUAUUAUUAUUUAUAAUGUAACGAAUGUAAACUAUUAAUUUAAUUUAUUUAGGGGCAUAUUACGAUGAAACAACCAAAAUUGUCACUGACCAACUGAAAACGUGGUUAAGAAAUGCACCAGAUAUUGAUCAUGAAAUGAUAGUAUGGAAAAAGUGGAUUAACAUUUGGAGUCAGUUUACAUUGGAAAGCUUCCUCCGAAGCAAUAUUGAUGUAAUUUAUGCGAAGGUUCCAGAAGAAUGUCGACAAGAUUUAGAUGUUGACACCCUUGCUAAACUGUUGCCCUGGUCCAACGAUGCAGUGCGAGGUUAUGCUGUAUUCACCUAUACUCCAUUCCUUGAUAAUUCGCUUGUGCAGUAUCUUCGUGAUCAGCUAGGACACUGGUGGUCGCCUGAUAUGCAUUGCUUGGUGGGUGGUAUGCACAGUUUAGCUGAUGGUUUCUUUUCUGACGACGUGUUGAAAACAGACGACCUCGUAAAACACGCGCAAGCCUUCAAGUUUUCUUAUUAUUCCGUACCUUGGCGCCCCAAGGACGACUGGGUCAAAGUAUCUUGCUAUGCGAAGAAUGAUCAAUCCCUACCAGACAAAACAUAUACAGCACGGGUAAGUUUAUUACACUGCUACAAUAGUUUCAACUUAGAAAAAUUUUCCGUGUUUUUGCAUUCGCCAAAAAUUGCACGCAUGUUUCCAUAAUUGUAUUCAAACAUGAAAAACGUUUUCUCUUUUUUAUGGUUACAGGACACCCUUUUUGGCGUUUUGCGGAAAAUCGCUACUGCUUGCUCAAUAUCAAUCCGAUUUUCAUCAAAUUUUCACCAAAUGUUCUCCAGUGCAUGCAAAAUAUGGUAAAGUUGUAAAAUUAACAAGCAAUAAAAUAAUGUAAGAAUCAAGAAAAUCUUAAAUCGCGGUACCGUUACGCUUUUGAGUUGUGCUCCUGCUGGUUUUAAGUUAUAUUUUUGAAAAUAUCAUUUUUAUACAGUAAAAUAGUUGUUCUAAAAAUUGGUGUUCGGAAAUUUUUGUUUAUUUCGUCAUUCCGCUGAUAUGGCGAUUUCUUUGACAACUGCAAUAUAUUUCUGAAUUGUUUGAGUGAAUUGCUCUUUAUUUUUAAAAUAUCCAAAAUUAAAAAAAGCCGAACACAAUUUUGAAACUGAUGUAUUUAGCUAUGUUCUGUGAAAAUUUGAGAAAAUUUGGUUAAAACCCGCAGGAGCACAACUCAUUUGAAAAUCGGUAAUUGCCGUAAAAUUUUUCGGGAGAAAAUUGAAUUUGAAUAUUACAUUUUCAAUGUUUUUCUUAUUGCAGCAAAAUGUAUUUUAUUAAAUAACUCUGCGUGAGUUUUUAACAUUUUUCGUUCAAACUUGGUCAGAUAGUAGAACUAGUCCAAUGAUUUCAUUGAAGCCAAUAAAAAAAAUUUAGGCAAAAUUAACACUCAAAGGUGUUCUGUAACCUUAACUAUGAGAUGAAGCAAGGUCAUGCAAUAUUAUUUAAACACGCCAAUCCCUUCAAUGUACAGUAAUUUGAUAUCCAAGGGGGCAUGUUAAACUUAAAAUUAUGACGCUAAGCCUGAGGAUAUAAAUUUAAAAUUACAUGAAGUAAGUGUCAUAAAUCCCAUAGGCUUUAUUAGCAUAUAUACUAUAGGGGACCAAGGCCCCUCCAGCCCCCACGUGUCCACCAGUAAACUAUAUUGGUCCCUCCGGUAAAGGUUCAUUUUGUCUAAAGUAUAAGAAAUAAAGUGAAGACUGACUUUUGAUGAGUAUUUUUAUAUUCCCUUAUGUUGAAUAGAUGAAUGUAGUGUGUGAACGCAGGGAAUUAAUCCCCGAAAAUACUCUGGGAGUGAAUCCUACACCACCUCCCCUUAGCAGUUGGAACGUUUCCAAUUCUCUAGCUUUAAACCAACAUACUUGCAAGGAGAUGAGUCCGGGAGUGGACGCACCAAAGGUGGCUGGAAAUUUCCCGAGCUCGCCGAGCGAAGUGAGGUUUUUUAUCACAUGCCAUUUUGGUAAAAAUGGUUGGUUUUUAUCACAUACAAUUGCGGUAAAAAGUACUGAAAAGUUUAUGCAUUUAGUAUAUAGUUUCUUGUUUGGAUAACGAAAAUUUUAGCCGCCAACAUACUACACAAACAAACAAACUUAGGCUUAAAUCGAAUUAAGCUAAAAAAUUCUCGACAAUAUUCCCUUAUUAUUAUUCUUGGAAAGAGAAAAUGCACACAUUCUGCGAAAACAUUGCCAAGCUUUAUAUAAACCUGCCCGUACCGAACGAAUUUCGGCGGCCAUCUCUCUUCCCUUCCACAUUGAAUACAGAAUAUUCCAUUUUCAUCAAACUAAAUAAAAAAUAAUAAUUAUAAAACAAUUAAAAACAGUUAAUUUUUUUAUAUUUAAAUUUUCGUCUGAAAUUUGUUCAAAUCGCUUCGUAAUGGCCGCCGCCGAAACGUCGAUCGCGAACCCACCUCCUAAACAUACGUCAUAGCAGGUGGGUUCGAGAUUGAACGCACCUCCUCGUAGCCAAUAGGAAAGCCGCUCAUGGCCAGAAAUUACGGACAUUGAUUCUGAGCAUGUGCGAACUUUGACAAACAAAAUGGCGGAUUUGUUAUAUAUAAAUCAUUAGGAGUGGUGCGGUUUUUUUAAAUUUAAACUUGUUUGAUAAUAGCUAUGUCAUUUGCAGACUUCGCAAUAAUAUAAACUAUAUCUGGACCGCAAAACAGAAAAGUUUCGCAUCGGACUCUUACCUAUAAGUUGUUCCAUUAUUCAAGUUCACUUCAUAGUACAUCGGCGUAUAAUAAAGUAUAGUAAAACUUGAGAAAAUCGUUCAAAACGUACAUUUUGCUCUGGCCGCGUGUAUCCCUCGAACCUAUCAUGAAACUUGCAGACUCCGCGUCGUAAAAUAUAUGUUGUCCCCUGCUUGUCUGCAUAAUUUCAUAGUGAUACGAUUUUUUUAACUUGUUCCAAUUUACGGGACAAAACGUUGAUAUUUUACCCAUAAAUACCCUGUCGACAGGCCGUAAAACAUUGCAAGAAGAACGAUGUUUCAUGAAUUGUCGUCCAUGUUUGAUAUCAACAAGAAGCUUAGGAACCAGGCUUUCUUCCAGUGUGGGCUACACGGAGGGAUAGCGAUGUAUACACAAAAUAUUUGAGUCGUUUACCAUGCGCAUCACUUUAUAUCCCAUCAUAAUAAAUGAAAGGUAUGUAAAAGGCCGUCAAUACCUAAUAUAUGUAUUUUUCUGCUUUAGUUAAACAAAAAACUAAGCAAAAUGUAUUUUUUUAGUUAAAACAUGCGUUUGUUAGGUAUGAAUAACUUUUCAUAGGAAAAACCGCUGAGAUAUAUUGCGGGCGCAUGUCCUGAAUUUCUGGCCAUGAAUACGCUAAGUAUGAGAUAACAGAUUGAACGCACCUUCUCGUAGCCAAUAGGACGCUACUACUGUACGCUGGGUAUGAAAUAAUUUGGCUGCGUAAGUGCGGGAUGGGUUGAAAAUUCCCCUAGAGAAUUUAAACAACAAUGGCUUGCGUUUCUAUAAAUAUGCAUUUUCCGUUUGCAUGGGAAGUUUGUACUCAAUAAACUAUAAUGUUGCAUUCUAAGAAUGAUAAAUAUUAAAGGUUAUCUGACGCUGCCCAUUGUACGAAAAGUAAUUUCAAGCAGUCCAGACUAGCAAAACCCAAAUCAGUCGUAAUCAACAGGCUAUGCCUACGCGUCACCAUAAAUUACUAAUGCGUCUCUAAAGUGCAGAGAUAUACUCCAUACGAUCACCUAGUUUCUCUUAAUACUUUGUUGCUUUUCAAUUUUUAUUGGUUUGCUUCUCCAAUUUGAACUUUUGAAAUACAAUUCUGAAUACAUUUUAAAACGUUCUUCGAGAAUGACGUGUUGUAAGAUUAUGGACCAUUGCAUAAUGACAUGGUAUGAUAAGCAAUCGAGUUGCAAAGCUUACGAUUCUUUCCGCGUUUCCUAAAUUUUACAUGGUAUCAGUGGCGUAGCUAGCGAAAUUCGACAGGUCCUGCUCUAAAACUCAAACAUUCUAGGGGGGUCCGGGGGCAUGCCCCCUGCCGGAAAAUUUUUAAUUUUAGAAGUCUGGAAUGGCCAUUUCCUGCGAUUUCACGGCGAAAUACUCCAAAGAUAACAUCAAAAAAUUGUGUGAUUUAGUGGAAAUUUUUUGAUAAUUUUUGAAAUCGUAUUUCCAUAUUUAUCAUAUUUCCCUAUAUAUUUUCAACUUGAAAAUUUAGCUAAAUAUUGUAAGAGGAAAAUAUAAGAGGAAAAUAUCAUGUAAGGGGAAAAUAUCAUGUUUUCAAUACACGUCUGUAAUAUGAUCUUUCACUUGGUCAACGUGCAAUCGGCGUAACUCAACAAUUGUUGUAGUGCCUGUUGAAUUUACAACACUAUAUAUACGGCUAGCAUUCGUUAAAAAAUUACUAAUGUGUUAAUAAACAAUAUUAAACGGAGUGGUAUCAACUACGAGUCUACGAACCACUACGCUCGGCACUCUGAUUGUAUAAUUCAGUACGCUAUGCGUAUGGUUAUAUGGUAUUUAAUAAUAAAAUUGCCGUAGCGUUUAAAGUAAAUAUAGUGUAAAAUGCGGCCAAAUAUCUACAUAAAUAACAUAAACUUUGUAAAUCUAAAUUACUAAAUUAGCUAUAUCAUUUUUAAACUCCAUAUUAAGCACUCGUGUUUCAUGCAAUGCGUAAAGCAGAUGAACUGGCAAAUAAUACGUUCAUACUUUAUAUAUCAAUACGACACAAAAUACACAAUCGAUUCUGUUGACAUGCAUUUCGUGAGCUAAAAUAUCUUAGCAGAAGCCAGAAAUGAUAUCCAAAUGACCAAAUCACAAUGGGCUUCCACGCUGGUUGAUUUCCAUAUUCAUCACUUGAGUAAUCUUGACAGAGUUAGUAAAAAGUGGGUUUAAUCACGCGGAAAGCUCGCAAGAAAAGACAAUACAAGGCCAAGUCCUGCCAUUUCGAGAGAGCAGGACUUCGCAUUUGUAAACAGCCGGUUUGAGCAUGCGCAGACCUUGAAACCAAGAUUUCUUGUCCCAGAAACCAAGAUUUCUUGUAUGAAUUUACUAUGAAAUAUACUAGCAAGUCCUGCCAUUUGAAAAUGGCAGGACCGAAACACGAGCGCGUGUAAAUCAAUAUAUUGCCCGGAAAUGAGCUUUUGUAGAGUUGCAGUUGCUAGGUAACAGACACGGCAAGCUGUAAAAUUGUGUAAAUGUAAUAGAAUACGGAAAACUUUUAAAAAAUAAUAACGAAAAAGACGAGAAAAUGAUACAAAAUAACAAUAUAAUAAUAAUAAAUUUUUAAAGCUUCAAGAUAAAUAAAGUAAUGUUUUAGUAAGGAAAUUUGGGAAAAUUUUUAGUCCUGCUGGGCAGGACAAGCAGGACCACUAGCUACGCCACUGCAUGGUAUGAUGAUCUGGAAGCCUCAAAAUAAAGGUUUUUGUUACCUUACCGUAUACACAAGUCCCUUGUCUCACCUUCACUAAAUAUUAUUCAUCGUCGUUCACGCUUCAUCUCAGCUACCUCCGUUGGACGAUUAUAAUUAAUUAUACGAAAACAAUGAGCUCAAUCACUGCGACCGUGCAUAAGUUAACAUAUUAAUCCAGACAAAAACUUAACACAUUAAUUUCUGUUCAGUUUCCAGACUACCAUAUUUUGAUAGACUAUCCUAUUAAGUAGAAAGGCAAAAGUAGCUAUAUGACACAUAUAUUACAUAUUCAUUUUUCGACCAGAGUGACAAUUAACUUGAUGCCAUUGUAACCUUUACUGAUUUGUGUAAUUGUUUUUUUUCUUUAAACAUGCGAACAUGAAUCUCUUCUAAUUUAGGCCCCAGUUACACGAUGCCGGAUUCGUAUCGGAGCGGUAUCAAUUUAAUGUGUUUUCCAGUCUUGUCUGUUCUUACAACUUUUCAUAUUUGAAGAUUUCGGUUUAAUUAUGUUAUAUUAUCAUAAUUUUAAGUGCCAAAUUCACCUCGAAGCAGUACAAUUUGAUGUCGCUCCGAUGCGAAUCCGGUAUCGUGUAACUUGGGCCUCAAUUUACAGUAUGCAUGCAUGCGUUUUAGAAAUACAUCAGCCUAUCACCAGGUGAUACAAAUUAUCAUUUUAACCAAAAUCAUUGUGGUAAAUAGUUGGGCGUAUAAUUUCGGCCGGGCUUAAAGUUCUUUACCACGAAUUUACUUCGUACUAGAAAUACAUGCAUGCAACAACCCCUCGCCCACAUUUUCCAAACAUUUUUCAACAUGAAAUACUCUUAAUUACGCCAACAUGGAACUCUGGCACUCGCAUUGAUUUCUUUAAUUUUUGUUCACAACGGCAAAAAUAAAUGAGUAUAUGUUGCACUGUUAACUACAGAACUAUCGGUUUCCAACAUAUAUAAAGUAGGUAUGUUAUUUUGCUUUCUAUGCAUGAGAUUUGUUAUAAUGUAAAAUUCAACAUGAAAAGCUUGAAUUCGUAAACGGUUUUUAAAGUUCAUUGAAAUUGCUUUUUGCCUAUAAACUCUUCGACUUAUUACUCGUACUUUGAUGUUUGAAAUGAAAUAAAUUUAAAUCAUACAGGUCGCUCUUGAAAAUAAUUUUCUCCUUUUUUUGAGCUUUUAUAAAAAAAUGAAAACAAGUUAAUUCAAAGAAACUCUCACAUAUAGAAUGAAAAGGAAAGAAGUACAUGUUGAAGGCCUUCAGGUGAAAAGUCCGAAAACUGAACAGCAAAGUCAUACAUAAACAGUAAAAACAAACUCACCUCUAUGCUUCAGCAUUUCUCGUACUUUCUUUAAGAUUUGAAAAAGGCGAUUUACAACUUAUUGUGUGAAAAGAUGUCCAAAGCUUUCUGUCAUGUAUGUCUUUUUCUGGCAAACAGCUAUAUUUUUGAGGACAGUGAGAUGACCGCCCAUGCGUAGCCAUGCGCGCGCGAUCAUUGAUGGACUUUAGACUUUGGUAAUCCUUUCCUUUCCCCGGGUGUAAAUAGCCGAGCGGAAUUAGUACUCUCGCCACAACCCUCGCUCUAUGCCCGCGCGCGUGGCUCGGGGACUAUGCAUUCCCAUCGCUCUGCGAUCCCUGCCUAGUGAAUGUGAAUAGUUCCCCUUUCUUUGAUGCAACCCCUCCCCUUGCCAAAUUUUUAAAAAAGGCCCUGAUAAAGCAACGACCUUGAGUUGACAAUAUGAUAUUUUAUUAUGAUGUUCUCUACAAAAUGUAAUAUAAGGUGACAUAUUUUAAUAAGGGUUUUAAUUUGAUUCCUUUUUAUCUUCAGGCCGUAAUUGUUACCACAACGGUGAACAUACUGCGACAACUCACUUUUGAACCGCUUGUUGAGGACAAAAAUGCUAAGCAUGAACAGCGAAAGAGUCUUCAAGCCAUCGACGACAUUAAUACCGCACCGUCCACCAAGAUCUUCCUGCAAACCCAAACAAGAUUCUGGGAGGACGCAAAGUACAAUAUCCAAGGUGGCUUUUCUAAGACCAACCUCCCAAUCGGUCAAAUACAUUACGUUAAGCCGGAUCCGGAAUAUGUGGAAUCCACAAAGCAAGGAAUAAUUCUGGUUUACACCUGGAACAAUGACGCACUGAUUUUUGGUUCCAUGACAAAAGAUCAAGUCAAGAAGGAGGCAAUUGAACAAGUCAAACACAUCCACAAAGAAAUAAUGGAGGAAAAUAUGGUUGAAAAGUCUGUCGUCCAUGCUUGGUACAACCAGCCCUCUUACCAAGGUGCCUUUGGCUUUUUGAAGACCAGUCAGUUUAACAAUGUCAGGUAGGAAUCAGAGCAAAAUUGUAUGAUGUAAAAAAUGCUUUAUCUCGCACAAAACCAAUUCCUAAUGCUUGACAUUUAUGAGAUCAAGAUUUCAAUCAAUUUAUUUCAAUAGUGAUGGGAUGAAUUCCAUGCCGCACUCAACGUUUAUGUGAAUUUAUUCGCCUUCCUUGUAGAGGAGCGAGAAUGCCACCAAAAAAUUGAGUACUAAAAACUAAGUUUUGUUUGCACGCAAUUUGUAUUUCCAAUCAUAAAUUAUCGAUGAAUAUAUUACAGUGAUUUUGUUUCGUUCGUGUACAGCAGCUUGAUAAUGUUAAUUUUUUGUAAAAGCUUCAUAGUUUGGAAAAGCAGAUAUUUCCUGAAUGGAAUAUGUCUACCACCCACAUAUAAAAAAAAACCUACUUGCCUCCAUUUUCGGCCAACUAGAGUGGAACUCAUCUGAAAACUAAUAUUAUUGGACAUUCAUUGUAUUAAUUAAUAUUCGUCAUUACUGUAUUGAUUGAAAUUUGUAUUUUAAUUAUACUGUAAUCUGUUGCUUUCUGUGUCAUCUUAGUCAAACAUUGUUUGCAGAAAUUUAAAAUCUUGGCACAGUGUUGUAAACAACUUAAUACUAUUUUUUGUGUUUGUUCUGUGGCUGAAAAGUUAGCCUGACAGCGGUGGGAAUCGAAUCCGCGCCUUUGGGAUACUAGUUCAAUGCUCUGCCAACUGAGCUGCGAGGUCAAGUCGGUUCGAGUGUGUGGUAUUUCGGAACUAAGUCUAUAGUACAUUCGAUACCAACGUCUUCUUAUGAUCAUCAUAUUUUAUUUAUCAUGUUCGAUCCGGAUAAUACUUUAAUUAUAUACUCAGUAUAUUUUAUUCAUCUACAUUUAUUUUUAUUUUUUCGUAAUUUAGAACUUUGUGGGAACCCAUGGGUAACGUACAUUUCGCCGGAGAAACCUUAUCAUUUGCCGCUGGUUGGAUUCAAGGUGCCUUGGAGAGUGGCCUCAAAGCCGCAUAUCAAGUUUAUGCCCGUGGCAAGAAGAGAACAACCAGAAAAGAAAAAUAA